AAGCGGAACCACUAUUCCCCACCCCACCCCGCGCCCACACAGGAGACAGACGAGGUGGGCAGGCACAACUCCCGUGCCGGCAUCUUCCCUGGCACCACCAGCCUACCUCCUGUGGGGAAACAGGUGUGAGGCGGACUUGCCCCAGCCCCACAGCUGGAGCGAUGCAAAGCUGGGGGGCUUCUCCCAAAGCUUGAAACCAGGGCUCCACAAACCAGGGUGCUGGGGCAGGGGGUGGGGGGCAGCCCGCCAAUCAAAGAGACCCUGUCCAAGCCGGCCAAUCAACGAGCCCCUGGCGGAAGGCGGAGCCUGCUAAUUAGGGGCCCCAAGAGCAGCGGCGGAAACGGUGGGGGGCGCGCCGUGAUGAGCUGGGGGGCGGGUAGGAGCUGCGCUGGCGGCUGAGCACCCCGUUGCGCAGUUUCCCUGCGAAUGAAGGGUGAGCGCCCCGGGCUGGGGCCCUAGCCGGAAGGAAACUGAGGCUGGAGGGUCGGCCCGGGCGGCUGCCUGACGGGGGCGGGGCCGCCCCGGGGGCGGGGCUUUCCCUGGCCCCGCCCCGCCCGCGAGCUUAGCCCCGGCUCUCAGCCCCGCGCGCUGCUGCCAGUAGCGCCAGCUCCGGGCUAUGGACGCCCCGGCGACCCCGGCGCCGCCCGCCGCCCCGGUCCCGGGGAGGAAGGAGCUGAAGAUCGUGAUCGUGGGCGACGGCGGCUGCGGCAAGACUUCGCUGCUCAUGGUGUACAGCCAGGGCUCCUUCCCCGAGCACUACGCCCCGUCCGUGUUCGAGAAGUACACGGCCAGCGUCACGGUGGGCAACAAGGAGGUGACCCUGAACCUCUACGACACCGCCGGGCAGGAAGACUACGACCGGCUGCGGCCCCUGUCCUACCAGAACACCCACCUGGUGCUCAUCUGCUAUGACGUCAUGAACCCUACCAGCUAUGACAACGUCCUCAUCAAGUGGUUCCCCGAGGUCACGCAUUUCUGCCGUGGGACCCCCAUGGUGCUCAUCGGCUGCAAGACGGACCUGAGGAAGGACAAGGAGCAGCUGCGGAAGCUGCGGGCGGCCCAGCUGGAGCCUAUCACCUACACGCAGGGCCUGAACACCUGCCAGCAGAUGCAAGCCGCCCUCUAUCUGGAAUGUUCCGCCAAGUUUCGGGAGAACGUGGAGGACGUCUUCCGAGAGGCCGCCAAGGUGGCCCUCAGCGCCCUGAAGAAAGCGCAGCGGCAGAAACACCCCCGGCGGUGCCUGCUGCUCUGACCUCUCAGGGCGGGCACUCAGCCCUCAGAACAGGACUGACAGGGCCCGGCCCGGCUACUCCCCGGGACCCUGCCCACCCCCAGCUCACGAAGGCACUCGGAGUUGUAUCUGGAGCCUGUGGCAAGACUCUUUGGAUGGUCUGGAACUUUCUCCUUUCCCAGCUGGGCUGACCAGGAACUCGAGCUUCGGCCUGUGUGGUGGUGGGUGAGGGUGCGGACUAGGGCCCUCUGUGCCCUGGAACUGGCAUUUGUCCCCAGGACUCUGGCGUGCCCUCUUUGCACUCUCCCCCCAGCCACGUGUCCCCCUUCAAACACGCAGUAGGUCCUCAAAGCCUGUGCUUGAAACAACCAACUACACUGGUCCAUGGGCCACUGUGGAUCUGGCAGCGCCCCACGGCCCUGGGCUGGGGAGAUAGGCAGAGCUGCAUCCUCCGGUCUCGCUUCCUUCCCCCGGGAGUGCCGAGCCACGAUGGGACCAGGCCUAUCAGGAGAACGCAGCCCCGGACACGGACACAGGAAUUGCAUCGCCCCCACCCACUCUACGCAGAGGACUUCAGUGGUAGCCUUUGGCGUGGCCGACAUCUGCCCAGAUCCGGGUGCACAUGACCAGGGGGAGAAGAGACUCGGAAAGCAGAGCAAACACUGUAGACCACCCAUCCGACCCCUGCCCGGGGUCUCCUCACCUGCAGCCCCCACUGCCGGAAACUCAGAUGAAGUGACAGCAGCUCCUGAUCGUGAGCAGGCCAGUCCUGAGACUGUGUCCCUGUCUGCAAAGGAGUCGUCUAGCCCCCCUGCCCCUCACAGCCCCCACUGCUGGGGGAUGUGUUCCAGAGCCAAGGCCACCCUGGCCUCCUUCAAGAUCGGACUUGACUGACCGUCCCCCAGCCGCAGAUUCACGGAACUUCCUUCUGGAAGGUCUGGGUUCAGGGACCCAGGAAUUUUUUAAAAGUGCCCCAGGGGAUUCCAGUACCCCAGAGACUGACAGCUGCUUGGUCCUGAGCUCACUCUGGAGUCAGCGCUACCGAAGGUGGGGUGAUGGCUCCAGGUGGCUCCUGCUCCCCAGGUAUCUCUGCCUCCGUACCCUGUGCCCAGCGCUGUGCCUAAGCCUGAGCUUCUCUGAAGUCACCUGCUAGGGCAAGACCUCUAAGCCCACCGCACCCCACCUAGGUUCCUGGAGGCCCCUCCAUGGGGACUCACCAGAGCCUUCAGACCAAGGACCUCUGGUUCCAGCAGAGUCCAGGGCCUCGUGGACAAAUGAGGGUCUAGAACAGAGGUCAGCGAACUAUGGCCUGUGAGCCAAAUCUGGCUGCUGUGUGUUUUUGUAAAUAAAGUUUUAUUGGAACACA